GAGUGAGAUUUUUAUUUGAAAAAAUUAUAAAUGUGAUCCUUUCGAAUUUGUUCUUCAAUAAUUUAAUUCACAAAUUUAAUUCUUUUAAUCUAAUUUUGUCAUUUUAUUUUAUAUAUCCGUUGCGGAGGGAACGAGAAAAUCCUUGUUUUAGGUCUUUGCUUGGUAAACGCAACAGCGAUAGAACUCUAGACAUAGAAUAGUAAACGGUGUUAGCUUCGAUAGAUUAAACGAACACAGAGCGAGCGAAAGUAGAAUCUGAAAAACAAUGGCGGCGAAGCUAGACACCCACGCCGUGGCUUCCGAUCUGAUCGACUUCCUCAACGCUUCUCCAACGGCUUUCCACGCCGUCGACGAGGCAAAGAGGCGUUUGCGUAGCGCGGGGUACCACCAACUCUCUGAGAGGGAAGUGUGGGAACUGCAACCGGGCAACAAGUACUUCUUCACCAGAAAUCACUCCACCAUCGUCGCCUUCGCCAUCGGCAAAAAGUACGUUGCUGGAAAUGGAUUCUACAUAAUUGGGGCUCACACGGAUAGUCCUUGUCUCAAACUCAAGCCUGUCACCAAGGUUGUUAAGGCUGGGAUUUUGGAGGUUGGUGUCCAAACCUAUGGAGGUGGUCUGUGGCACACGUGGUUUGAUCGAGACUUGACUGUGGCGGGGAGGGUCAUUGUGCGGGAAGAGAAUGCUGGUUCUGUUUCGUACUCACAUCGCCUUGUUAGAAUUGAGGAACCUAUAAUGCGAAUACCGACUUUGGCAAUUCACUUGGACAAGACUGUUAAUGAUGGAUUCAAAUUUAACAACGAGAAUCACCUUAUUCCCAUCUUGGCAACAUCGCUGAAGGGUGAGCUCAAUAAAGUGUCCUCUGAAAAUGGUCCUGUUGAAAGUGGAAAUCAGACCGAUGGAAAGAAAGCAAAUGAUAAAACAGGCACCAGCAAUACGAAGCAUCACCUUCUUCUUCUACAGUUGCUUGCAAGCAAGCUUGGGUGUGAACCAGAUGACAUAUGUGAUUUUGAAUUGCAAGCUUGCGAUACACAACCAAGUACUAUUGCUGGAGCUGCAAAGGAAUUCAUUUUUUCAGGACGGCUAGAUAAUCUCUGCAUGUCAUUUUGCUCGCUGAAGGCAUUAAUAGAUGCUACAUCUUCUGACAGCAGUCUUGAGGAAGAGUCAGGUGUUAGAAUGGUGGCUUUAUUUGACCAUGAGGAAGUUGGAUCUAACUCUGCCCAAGGAGCUGGCUCUCCUGUUAUGCUAAAUGCUGUGACUAGGGUUACCAAUUCCUUCAGCUCCAAUCCCAACCUUCUGGAGAAAGCAGCACAAUUAAGCUACCUUGUAUCUGCCGACAUGGCACAUGCACUACACCCAAAUUACAUGGACAAGCAUGAAGCAAACCAUCAGCCCAAACUACAUGGAGGACUUGUCAUUAAAACCAAUGCAAGCCAACGCUAUGCAACCAAUGUUGUCACAUCCUUCAUAUUCAGGGAGAUAGCAUCAAAACAUAAACUUCCCGUUCAGGACUUUGUGGUGCGCAAUGACAUGUCAUGUGGUUCAACCAUUGGUCCUAUUCUUGCUAGUGGCGUAGGUAUUCGCACUGUUGAUGUAGGUGCACCGCAGUUGUCAAUGCAUAGCAUACGAGAAAUUUGUGCUGUUGAUGAUGUGAAGUAUUCAUAUGAGCACUUCAAGGCAUUUUACCAAGAAUUCUCUCAUGUUGAUGGUAAGAUGGUCGUGGAUAUAUAGGAAUAUCUCUAAUCACGAAAUCCUCAUUAAUCCUUUGCUCUAGAAGCUGUUGCUGAAAUGGUCGUGUUUCGUAAUUUAGUACCAUUAUAAUGCCGACGUUAUUAUGAUGAAAUUUUCAAUAAAAUUAGACUCCCUGAAUGAAAUAUUAGCAACUACUUGAAGUGUGUUGUUUACUUGAAUAGUCCAAGUUCUUGCUUCUAAAAUGUGAUCGUGUUCGGGAGAGUAACGUACUAGAGUAGAAGUUGAAAUAAAUAUACUAUUUUUUCGAGCAAUAUUCAAUCUACGAAAUGUAUGGUAGUACUGUGUUAUUUGAACUUCAGCUUUCACGUGUAUUAUCCUUGCCUACCAUCGAGAAUUCAAUUGAAUAUAUUAUUCUGAA